UAAAGAUGAAGAUACAUGUUUUUAAAAAUCCCACAAGCCACCUACCUGCAUGUUUAGACACCUAAAGGCCUUUUUAAAAAUACCCUAACUCUUCAGGGCCUUAUUCUAGAACCACUGUUAGUGCUGAGCAGUAAGUUACCAUACAAGUAUUCUUACUGAAAUUAAUGUGACAAAGUGCCAACCAAGGUAUUACUUAAUAUGAACAAAAUGGCAGAACCAAAAUCUUAAUGUUACAAGUGAAUUAUGAUGUAUGAGUUUUAUAGAGACAAAUUUCUUGCAACUAGGUGGCUGCAUUGCAUGGACGAAUAGAGGAGAUUGUGGAGGUGGCUGCAAUGUGUGGGGUGAAUGUAAUCUGCUUUCAAGAGGCCUGGACUAUGCCCUUUGCAUUCUGUACAAGAGAGAAGCUACCAUGGACUGAAUUUGCUGAAUCAGCAGAGGCUGGUCUGACAACAAGGUUCUGCCAGAAGCUGGCAAAGAAACACAAUAUGGUUGUGGUGUCUCCAAUUCUGGAGAGAGAUGAUGUACAUGGAGGAACUUUGUGGAACACUGCAGUGGUGAUUUCAAACUCUGGAUCAGUCCUUGGGAAGAGCAGGAAAAAUCACAUUCCAAGGAUUGGAGAUUUCAAUGAGUCUACUUACUAUAUGGAGGGCAACACAGGGCAUCCUGUGUUCCAGACUCAGUUUGGAAGGAUUGCUGUGAAUAUCUGUUUUGGGCGCCAUCAUCCCCUCAACUGGCUCAUGUACAGUCUAAAUGGAGCAGAGAUUAUCUUUAACCCUUCAGCCACUACUGGAGAGCUCAGCGAGUCACUGUGGCCAAUUGAAGCUAGGAAUGCAGCUAUUGCUAACCACUGUUUUACAUGUGCCAUUAACCGAGUGGGAACUGAAUACUACUUGAACGCAUUUACAUCUGGAGAUGGUAGGAAUGCCCACCAUGACUUGGGAUAUUUUUAUGGCUCGAGUUAUGUGACUGCACCAGAUGGCAGUCGGACACCGGGACUGUCGCUUUGUGUGACUGAAGUAGAUCUAAACCUUUGCAGGCAAGUUGGUGACAAAUGGAGUUUUAAGAUGACUGGUAGAUAUGAGAUGUAUGCAGAGGAACUCAUGAAGGCUGUCCAGCCUAACUUUAUACCCAAUAUUAUUAAAGAGUAAUAACUAUGUCGAUGUCCUCUGGUAGGCGAUCUCUCAUACUAAGCAUCUCCUUCAAAAAACAAAAGUGAUUUAUGUAUGUUAGUCUGCAAAAUUUGCCAUCUUCUACUGUCUUACAGUUGAUACUGAAACUUGGCAAAUACAGGUGCAAUGACUGCCAGUAAAAAGUUGUUAUAUAUUUUGAUAAAGCAGCAAUUUAGGGAACCUGCUUUACUGCAAAAUGAUGAACAAAUGAUAGAGAGCUGCCUGAGGAACUCACCUGGCCAGAUUUAGUUUAAAUUCUGAAAUGUACAUUAAAUUGUAUGGAUGGGUCUAGACUGGCAAGAUUUUGCGCAAAAGCAAAUGCUUUUGCGCAAAAACUUGCCAGCUGUCUACACUGGCCGCUUGAAUUUGUGCAAGAACACUGACGUUCUAAUGUAAGAAUUCAAUGCUUCUUGUGCAAAUACUUUGAUGCUCCCGCUUAGGGAUAAACCCUCUUGCACAAGAAUAAUUGCGCAAGAGGGCCAGUGUAGACAGGCACCUUAAUUUUUUGCACAAGAAAGCCCGAUGGCUAAAAUGGCCAUCUGAGCUUUCUUGCGCAAAAGCGCGUCUAUACUGGGCACGGAUGCUUUUGCGCAAAUCUAGACAUCCGUGCCAAUCUAGAUGCUCUUUUGCGGAAAUACUUUUAACGGAAAAACUUUUCCAUUAAAAGUAUUUCCGCAAAAUCAUGCCAGUCUAGACACAGCCCAGAAGUGUUGGCAAAAGGUGAUACAGCAUGAAGAAACCCAUCUGGUCUUGAGGAAAUACUAGUGCACUUUCCUUACAUGCUUUGUUUCAGUGGGAUAAAAAUGUCAACACUUGAGGUGUGUCUAAACUUCCCCCUUAGCUCGAAUAAAGCUAUGCAAUUUGCAAAUUGGGUAGCUUAUUUCAAGUUAAUUUUGAAAUAGCUUAUUUCGUAAUAAUUUCAAAAUAAACCACUAUUCCAAAAUACCCCUUAAUCAUCAUGGAACAAUGUUUACAGGGGUGUCAGAAUAGAGCACCUGUUAUUUCAAAAGAGAUUUUGAAAUAAUGGGCGUGUUGUCAAGACACAGAAUAACUAUUUCGGGUUAAUGGAAGUAUCUUGAAAUAGCGUUACUGUGUAGAUGUACACUUAGAGGGUUUGUUUGGGACCUUCUGACACAUGUAGUCUCUUUUUCUUUGGAUGCAUAAUCAGUCAUAGAGUAUCAGGAAUGCAAGCAUUGACUCUGGUACUUCCCAAAAGGAAGCACUAGUAAUGUAACAUUGUUAAAAGUGGCUGACUGUCCUCGCUGUCACAUAGAUGUAAUUUGUAAAAUCAUGUUUCUGAAAAGUCAGAAAUGGCUCUAAAUAAAAACUGCCAUCAACUAUU